CUGCACUUGCACUCCCCCAUACUAAACCAAGCAUCAAAAACAUGUACUUUCAUCCUUCAAAACCCCUUCCACAAACCAAAAUUCCCCCAAAACGUACAACCUAUACAACACACUUACAAGUUGAACUACCUCAAUAAGCUUUCACUCUUCAAUUUUGAUCUCCUCAUUUUCACAGAAACAAACUCUUAUGGCCACAGUUCUCACGGGUUCUUUAACUAUUCCGAUUAGGGCUUCGUUGGGGUCCGAGUCCCGUAGAAGACCAGCUACCUCGUCCUCUUCCUCUGCCAACUGGUGGACCCCGCUCUUCGGCUGGUCAUCUGAUCCCGAAUACAUUAACAAGACGAACGAGGGGAAGAAAUCUGAGAAUCCGGAUCUGGAUUCGGGUGGGCUCAGAUCCAGGUUCGCGCCUGGCUGCUUCACGGAGGAGAAGGCGAAGCAGCUGCGGAGGAAGACGAUGGAGGGUGCGAGCUUCCACGACGUAAUGUACCACUCGGCGAUUGCUUCUCGUCUGGCGUCGGAUCCGUCACUUUGGUUCGACAAGUGAUUGAAGAGGGUUAAGGUGGAUCUUCUCAUGGGUUGCUUAUCAACGUUGAUGUUGCCAUGGUUACGAGAAUAUUUUAUAAUCAAAAUUAAAAAAUUAAUUUGAAAAUAAAACAUCUUA